UAGAAACUAUCGCUUUUGUUGCAAAACGAAACUGUUUGCAACUGUUUGGACUAAUGAUUACACCCCAAGUCAGUCCAAUGAAUGUCAACGUUUACGCGAAGAAUCAUAAGAUGGCGACCGCGGAACCGGAGAUCAAUUUAAAUCCCCAACAUGCUGAAGGAGGAGAAGAAGCAAAGACUGGCCAGGAGAUAGUGAGCCCUGAGAGCUAUAUCAAACACCCCCUCCAGAACAAAUGGUCUCUUUGGUUCUUCAAAAAUGAUAAGACCAAAACGUGGCAGGCGAACCUCUGCCUCAUCUCCACGUUUGACACUGUUGAAGAUUUCUGGGCUCUCUAUAAUCAUAUUCAGUUGUCAAGCAAUCUGAUAUCUGGAUGCGACUACUCCCUCUUUAAGGAUGGCAUUGAGCCCAUGUGGGAGGAUGAGCGGAACAAGCAUGGAGGGCGCUGGCUGAUCACUCUCAGCAAGCAGCAGAGGAGACAAGACCUGGACCGCUUCUGGCUAGAAACCCUUCUCUGCCUUGUUGGGGAGACUUUUGAUGACUAUAGUGACGAAGUGUGUGGAGCAGUAGUCAAUAUUCGCUCGAAAGGAGACAAAAUCGCCAUCUGGACGGCAGACUUUGACAACAAGGAAGCCAUAACACACAUCGGGAGUGUGUAUAAGGAGCGCUUGGGAAUCCCCAUGAAGAUGACCAUUGGCUACCAGUCACACUCUGACACCGCCACCAAGAACGGCUCCACCACCAAAAACAAGUUUGUGGUCUGAAAAAGCACCAGAACCGUCCUGGACCUAAAAUCCGGAAACACUUUCACAACACGGACACACUACUUUCUCUGGAAACCCCCCCACACACACAAAGACACCUGCCAUAGCCACACAGGUGAACAUGCAAACCUCAAAACGCAAAUGAAUACCUUUCAUAGAAAUGUAAGAUUUUCAGAGUUAUAAAGAAAAUUAUUUUGUUGAUUUAUUUAAUGGCAGGGAAUUAAUUUGACAUUUAAAAAGUCAACAUUUCUCUGUGCCCUUAUACAGCAUUGUAAUUGCUGUUAUCCUUAAUUAUGUUACGCCGUUUUAAUUUAUUAUACCAAUUAGCUUUUUAGCUAUUUUUAGACUUGUUCUGUGGCCCUAAACUUCAAGUGGAUGUAAUCAAGACUUUCUGAUCAUGUCAUGAAUCAAUUAGUCUGUGUUAACAUGAUUAAAACUUUUCAUUUGCAAUUCAAUAUAAUCUGUUUUUAUAUAUUGUGGAGUACUUUUUGCAACUUGUUAUUUGUACAUUCCUUGUUAGAAAUGGUUUUACAUUUGACUUACAGUGAUGUUUUUUUGCAAAGUAUACAUUUAUUAGUGGUUGGUUUUGAUCUUCGGCCUGCAAUGGAAACAACACUAAUGAUUCUUUAAAGUUAUUCUGUGACUUCGUAUAAUUUUUUAUAAUAUUAUAUAUAGUAUGAUAUAAUAUAUGCCAUUUCAACCCCAGGAACCAACAGGAAAUAAUCUCUUUCAAUGCCACUUGUAAUUACCAUAGCUCUUUGGCCCCAUCCAGAAACAACCAUCCUGUAGCCCCUAGGGACUUCACAUAGAACUGAAUAAUGUAUAAAGCCAUAAGAAAUAUUAUAGUAGCUACACCUACAGUACCUACAGUAUAUCACCGGUUGCAACAUAUCAUGACAGCCUACAACAAUGGCAACCUAUAACAUUGUCAUGGCACCAAAUCAGAGCUUUCAAAUACUUUCCAUUUCAUAAAAGUAUAAUGAAUUGCCAUUUAUGUCAGGCAUGUUUAAUUCUUAUUACUUACUUUUCAUAACCGCUCUUCAACAUUCAUACAAUAUUUUAUGAAUUUGGUUAUUUUAUUCGCAACGCAUUAAUAAACUGAGUUUUACUCUUGAGUUUUAA